GUUAAUCUUACAUUAAGCGGUUUAACACCACGGUUAUAUUAACUUUAAAACUAACCCAAUGAGUGGGUUUAUUGGCAUGAUAGUAGAGUAGUAUGAUUAUACCAGAGUAGUAUGCUGUAUAUGAGAGCGAUAUAGCGGGUAUAUGAGUAAGUUUGGAGGGAUAUAAUAGAGAUAUAUUAAGCGGUGUGUGUCAGGCUGGACGGAACCUGAACAUGUACCGCCAGAUACAAGUUGCACCAUUGUUCUGUAUCUGUCUGUGAGGCACACUGUAUCUUGUACGGUGCUUGGUACACCACCUUGGUACCCCACAGUGCCUCAAACUGGCACUACCAGUGCCACACCUGCUAAAACGCUACAUAAGAUUGUACUGACAUCCUAGGUAGGACAUGGCAUCAGAACUGACAGGGUACAGUCCCCCACACCAGAAGAAUGUGGUAGAGACUUGCUGCAAGCGGAGACUGGGCUCUGAGGAGGACUCUAGUGCAGAACCUGAUGUAAAGAAGGUUAUCCUGGAGUCUGGUGUGUCCUUUAAAACCUCCCUGGGUGAUGGUGUUCCAGGUCCUACAAGUGAGACUGGUGUGUCUUCUAGAACACCCCUGUCUAAUGGUACUGCAGAUCCUGCAAGCAAGUCUGGUGUAUCCUCUAGAGCAUCCAUGAGUGAUGGUGUUCCAGGUCCUGCAGGAAGUUGCACAAAAACAAUGGCUGCCACACACGCCGGUGUCUCUCAGAUACCUGAUACGGCUGGUGAAGCAGAAGCACCCGAAGGUGGAUUUGACUUUGCAGCACGAGCCUACCAGCUGGAGCUGUUUGAGGAAGCCAGGAAGCGAAACUCCAUCCUGGUUCUGGGUACAGGAUCUGGCAAGACCUUCAUAUCUAUCCUUCUCAUCAAGGAGCUGGCUGAACAGAUUCGUGGACUAUUGUCUGAGGGUAACAAGCGUACAGUGUUUGUGGUGAACACGGUGCCCUUGGUACAUCAACAAGCACUUGCAAUAGAGACACACACUGGACUGCAGGUGGGCAGGUACGAAGGCUCGAUGGGCGUGGAUUUUUGGACUCCUGAGAAGUGGUUCGAAGAACUGGAGAAGAAUGAGGUGCUUGUGAUGGUUGCAGAAAUCUUCAAGGAAUUAGUUCUUCAUGCCAAGUUACCAUUGUCCUCAGUCAACCUGAUCAUUAUGGAUGAGUGUCAUCACACAACUGGGUCACACCCCAUGCGACAGAUCAUGAGAGAGUACGAGAAGGUGAAGGCAUCUUUCCCUGUGAAAUGUCCUAGAGUUCUAGGGCUGACAGCUUGUGUCAUUCAUCGUAAGUGUAAAAAGAAUGAAGCGAUAGGCCUGAUGAAGAAACUGGAAACUGCAAUGGAUUGUGCAUUAGUGACGACUACUGAUCAUAAUGAAGUUGUUAAAUAUAGUACUGGUCCAAAGGAGAAAGUAAUUUGUUAUGACUCUGAUGAAGCUUCUGAGUACCGAGAGUCAAUUAGGGCUCGGUUACAAACAAUUAUAGAAGAUGCAAAGUGUCAGCAAGAUAUUAAAAAGAAAUCCAAGACAAUGGUUAAGAAAAAAAUGGAGAAUAUUAUUCACAUCAUGGACAGUCUAGGAGACUGGUGCGUCUCUCGGGCUAUUAUGUAUGAGAUUGAUCACCUUGACAUUAUGGAGCAGAUCGAGGAUGUUCCCACGGUUCGGGAAUUAAUUGCAAUGCUCAGAGAGAAGCUUAAAGAAAUAUACGACUUCUGUACAAAAGAGGAAACCAUAAUGGGCCCUCUUAUGCAUGUUUCCAACAAGGUUAAGAAGUUAUAUGAAAUAUUUAGUGUAUGUAAAGAGGAGGUGUAUGGACUGAUCUUUGUUGAGAGGAGAAAUACUGCUAAAAUUCUCUAUGAUUUAUUGCUAGAGGCUGCUAAAGAAAGUGAUGAUUUUGCAUUUGUAAAACCCUUGUAUGUUGUGGGUUCAAAUUCUCGCUUGGGCUUUGAUAUUCUUGGCUCAACUGGAACUUUCAAGCAGAAGGAAACACUGAAUAAAUUUCGUAAUGGGGACUGCAAUUUUAUAGUUACAACUAGUGUGUUAGAAGAAGGUGUAGAUAUUAGAAAGUGCAAUGUAGUUAUACGCUUCGACAGGCCACUAAACUAUCGUUCCUAUGUGCAGUCGAGAGGACGAGCCCGUGCACAUCCAUCAAGGUACUUAAUUAUGGUCAAGGAGAGUGAACUAAAAGAUCUGCUUGAAACAGUGGAGGUUUAUAGGGAAAUUGAAGGCUUCUUGACACAGUCGUGUCAUGAUCGUCAAUUACCAACAAGUGCAGAGGCCAGCACCCACUUUGCUGAAGACGAAUAUAUUGCUCCCUAUGAACCUUAUGGUGUUGAAGGGCCCAAAGUCACUAUUAAUUCUGCUAUACCACUUAUUAAUGUAUACUGUGGUAAGUUACCUCAGGACAAGUUUACACUGCUGACGCCAGAAGUUGUCUACAAGAAGAGUGAGGGCGGGUGUGUAGCUGAGAUAAAGUUACCCAUCAAUGCUUGCUUCAGGGACAACGUGCAAGGGGACUGCAUGGAAAAUAAAGACUUGGCUAAGAAAAGUGCAGCACUCUGCCUUUGCAAAAAGUUGCAUGAGAUAGGAGAGUUAGACCACCACUUGAGGCCAGCUGAGAUAUCAGAUGAUAGCUUAUUGGAAGGUCUAGUAGAUGUUCCUCCAGAAGCACCCAUCAAGGCUGGGGAACCCCAGCCUGGCACCAGAAGAGACGGCAAGUUUAUGACAAAGAGGUAUGCCAAGCAUUUACUCAUCUUGAUGAAGGAGUAUAUAAGCUCUAUUUUAUUACCAUUCAGCCAACAGGUACACAAGCUACUGAUCUGCUCAAAUUCCACAAAGAGUGAUGUAUCACUUGGACUGAUUUGCCAAGGCAACUUGAUACAUUGUCCAUUCACACUCUAUUACCCUAAAUGGGGAGAGGUGGAAGUUAAAUUGGAAUUUAUUAAGGAAAUUAGUGGCGAAAGUCCUGAGUUGAUGAGCAGAAUUGAGCACUUCCACAAGUUAAUUUUUGAAACAUUGCUGCAGAUCAAUUCAGUGCUUUUUGAUUUUAAUGCUAAAGGCUCAGGUGUAUAUGUUGUACCAAUGGGACAAGCCAGCACCAUUGAUAUGGAUGUUCUAAAUCAGGUAUGCAGUUUGGAAUCUCUUAGAGCACCUAUUGUGUGUAGCUCACAAGCAGGAUCUUUCAGUUUUCAGAGUUCUUGUUAUGAGGAUGCUAUAAUAUAUCCCUUGUAUAAAACAGGAAAAACUGUCCGCAUGUUCUAUGUUAAACAAAUAUUGACCAACUAUACUCCACAAGCAGAGUUUCCUAGGUCUAAGAAACUGUGCACCUCUUACUUUGACUACUACAUCCAGAAAUAUGAUGCGAAAAUUUCUAACAUGCAGCAGCCUUUAUUAGCAGCAAAACAUGUACCUAAAGAACUCAACUACUUGAAGCCUCCAUCCUCUUAUAAACAGAAAAAGAAGCUUAACAGUGAUUCUGUGAAGCUUGUGCCAGAGCUGUGUGGCAUACUGCCUCUGAAGGCUUCUCUCUGGUGGCAAGUCAUGUGCAUUCCUUCCAUACUUCAUCGCCUCAAUAGUCUAAAUUUGGCGCACCAGCUCAAUGCUACCAUAAGCGACUCAGGGUUGACCUCAGAAUGUUUAGACCACAAAAUAAUUUUCAAUUGGAGUGAAGAAGUAAUUGCAAGAACAAGGGAGACUCAGCAGAAUUUAUGUGUGUCUUUAGUGGAAAGGAAGAGUGAUUUUAUGCAUCCAUUUGCGUUACUCCAUGCUCUCACUCUUCGUGGCGCCAAUGAUAACUUCGAUCUGGAAAGAUUGGAAGUUCUCGGAGAUUCUUUCCUCAAGUACAUCACCUCGGAAUAUUUAUUUCUGAAAGAGACAAAGAACCACGAAGGUAGACUCACUCAGCGUCGAGGAAAACUCAUCUGCAACAGAACUCUGUUUUCCCUGGCAAAGUUAAAAGCAGUACCACAGAAGAUCCAGUCAGUUAACUUGGAACCCCCUGUUAAUGGUUUCCUGCCAGGGUUCUUAAUGAAGCCCAAGGUUAAUGAACAACUGAGGAGAUACGAUGUUGCUUAUGACAAGUGGGCUCGUGUUGAUAACCUGGACGACCUGAAACAGGAGGCCGAGGAGAUGGAAAUUGAUUCAGAAGGGAAGGAGAGUAAGAAUAACACUGGAAGCUGCUGCUACAAUCCCUGGAGUCAACACAUGUUGUCAGAUAAAAGCAUCGCUGACAGUGUUGAAGCACUCAUUGGUGCUUACCUGCUUACCGGUGGCACUGAUGCUGCCAUCAACUUUCUGCAUAAGCUUGGUCUUGGUGUCUGUAAUGGAGAGUCUUUGCUUAAAUCUCAGCUGGAUGUACCGUCUGCGGUGGUGAGCCAAGAUGCUCAACAAGCCGAGAGUGAGAUCAGACGGUACUACAGGAUCGCUUGUCUUGAUCGCUUAGAGAAAGCAAUAAAGUACAGCUUUAAUGAUAAAAGCUUUAUUGUUCAGGCUGUAACACACAGUUCCUACUCUCCUAAUAAGGUAACUGACUGCUACCAAAGGCUAGAAUUCCUGGGUGAUGCUGUCUUGGACUACUUGGUCACCGGUCACAUCUAUUCAAACUACACUUCAUAUUCUCCUGGACAGAUAUCGGACUUAAGAUCACAUUAUGUGAAGAAUGAAACUCUUGCUAAAGUUGCUGCUGAGAUGAAGCUGACCAAACAUUUACUGCACAUGGCACCAAAACUUUCAGCUUCCAUUGACAAGUUCUUGAAGCUCCUGGAAGAGCCUUAUGAGGAGGACACUCUCAAUACUGAGGAGGAUGAGGUUGAUGCUGAGGUAGGAUGUUCUGGGUUUUGUGACAAUGUUGGGGUAAGGUGUCCAGUGUUUUGUGAUGAUGCUGAGGUAGGAUGUUCUUGGUUUUGUGAUGUGAUGAUGCUGAGGGAAGGUGUCCAGUGUUUUGUAAUUAUGCUGAGGUAAGGUGUACAAUAUUUCAAAGUAUUAAUGUUUUUCUGAUGUAUUUAGCAUUAGGUGCAAAAGUAGGUGUCAUGACACAGCAACAGUGAAA